AUGCGUUUCUUCCAAGCAGCUGUCUUGAUUUUCGGUCUGUCCAGCGCGGCCUGCGCCAUGCUUGACCAGGCUGGCCAUGAACAAACCGAUAUUGAAGCUCGUGUCGUCGAAGCCAACGAGCUCGAAGCUCUCUACGAAGCUGACCUCGAAAGUCGCGACCCUGCGUUUGCUCUUCUGAUAGCCAAUGCUGCAGCAAUGAUUGCCACCUUGCUGGCUUCUGCGAGUAAUCUUGGUAGCAGAGAUUGCUACAGCUCCAUGAUCUACAAGGCUGUCAGGGCUUGA